UGACCUGUAUCCGCCAUGCCCUUAUCGUAGAACUGCACGGCUCCAAUAUCUCCAGACCGGAGCGCACGCGUGGAACACACACAGUCUACCAGAGGAACGACACACUCACCGUCCGGUAUAAAGUCACUUUGAGCCGAGCCAGCAAGUGCGACUAAGGGGUGAAAAUGGCUGAGGACAUUAAAGCCAAACUCGAGAAAUACCGCACCGCUCCCUUUGACGCCAGAUUCCCCAACCAGAACCAGACCAGGAACUGCUGGUCCAACUACGUGGACUACUACCGCUGCCAGAAAGCUUUGGAUGCUAAGGGAUUAGACACCCAGCCUUGUGAGUGGUACAGGAGGGUCUACAAAUCACUCUGCCCCAUUUCCUGGAUCCAGAAAUGGGAUGAGCAGAGAGAAGAUGGGACGUUUCCAGGGAAAAUCUGAGCCUUGCAUAUCAAAUGCUGAUGGUCUGCAGCGAUGUCACCGUUUCAGCUAAACGUUUGUAAGAGUGGUGUGAAACUCGCGGUUCUGUCGCCGCCUUUCCUCUAACGCUCCUUCCUGAGAGCACACCGAAACUGAAUGGUCAUUCCUUACAGAUACCAUGAAAUGUACAGCAGAUUCUGCAUUAAAAUAUCUCAGGAUAUAUUUAUGGAA